GUUGACUUACACUCAGAAUUGCGGUACGUAUCUUGGAACAUGACUCGAAAAGGAUAAAAAUUUGACGGCAAAGGCGUCGAUCUUCAUUUGUUAUUCGAAUAGUUUACAAUUGCGCAGUCAAUAGUACAUUAGUUAUUAUAGAAUAUUGUAUAACCAUCAUUUGUUUUUGAGUUAUUGACACAGUGGUUAUUUGAGCUUAGAUCAGUUUUUUUUUAUGCAAACACAACAAACAAUGGAUGCACAUAGCGACUUUUUAACAGUACGCAAACAGCUUUGUGACUUUGAAGUAGCAGAGGAAGAAAAAAAGGGAAACGUUUUGAGAAAAUGUUCUGCAGCAUCAACAAAUCUGCGUACAAGUGGAAAUAAGUUAUACAGAAGCAAAGAUCAUGAUAAAAGAACUCAUGAAAACAUAUUAUCCCUAUACUCAGAAAGCAUCGCUUUUGCCCCAGUAGAUUCUGAAGAGCUUGCUCUAGCGUAUAGCAAUAGAUCAGCUCUGUUGUUACAUUUGCAUUAUCCAGAAAAAUCAUUGAUCGACAUUGUCAAAGCAUUGGGAAUUACCAAAUCAACAUAUUUGAGAACCAAACUCUUAUCGCGAAAAGCAAAGUGUUUGGAACUCAUAAAAAAGUCUGCUGAUCGAGAAGAUAAUAGUUCUGAUGAAUUAAAAAUUCCAAAAUUCACCCCAUCAAAGCAACUUCCAUGUGUUGCUGACUGCGUGAAAGUUGAUUACAACAAGCAGUUUGGUAGGCACAUGGUUGCAACUCGUGAUAUUGAGCCUGGUGAAGUGAUUAUUGCUGAGACUGGCCAUGUUGUAUUUCCUAGUGGAGAGCAGAUGUAUCUCAACUGUUCUAACUGUUUGAGAUUAGCUUGGACUGGAAUUCCUUGUGAUUUUUGCGCUUUUGCUAUUUUUUGCAGUGAGACAUGCAAAAAAGAAGCUUGGAAUGCAUAUCAUGAUAUAGAAUGCUGCAUAAUACCAUAUAUUUUCUUGAAGCAAAAAGAUAAAUCAUUAUUGAGUCAUAUGAUGAUUACAGCCAGAAUAUUUAUAACAGCUGUUAAAAGAGAAGGACUGGAACAUAUAAUGCAUACUGCUGAAGCUAUAGAUAAUCAAGAUAUCCAUGCUCAAAAUGUUCGGACUACUGAAGAGUUUAAUUGUACAAAAUUUAAAUAUCUUUACAAUUUAUCAAGUCAUGACCAAGAUAUAAUAAGACAUUAUGGACAUGCUCAGUACAUUGAAGAAGAUUAUUUACUUAGCGUACUAUACAAAUGUACUAGCAUUUUCAGUACUUUUCAGAAGAUCAAUUCUGAUAAUAAAGAAUUAUAUGUUAAAAUGUUCUCAGACAUAAAGAAAAUAAUCAUCAAGUUAAGAAAUGUCGUUUCUAUCAACAAUUUUGGAUAUCAGAUCGUUGGGGAUAAAGAUUCUGAUUUUGAUUAUGAUGUUCUAUCAACUAAUAGUAUGAAAGGAUUACUUCUUGCUCCAUGUUCUAGUUUUAUCAGUCACAGCUGUUAUCCUAAUGUUAGUAAAAUAUUCAUGCCGAAAAGAAAAAUGGUAAUGAUGACUGUGCUUCCUGUUAAAAAGGGUGAACAGCUAUACUGCUGUUAUGGGCCAUCAAUAACUGAAAAUGUCCAAGAAAGACAAGCAUAUUUACUGAAGAAUUAUUAUUUUACUUGUGAAUGCGAAGCUUGCAAUAAUAAUUGGACAUUAGAAAGUUUUAACACAUUGCCGCAAAUUUCCGAGGUAGAUAAUUUCUACAAAUUCGUGCAAGAUUUUAACAAAUUAAAAUUUACUCGUAUUUGUGAGGACCUGAUAGAGAAUUGGUCAAUUGAUAUGGAAACAAUUAAAGAAGUUGCGGAGGUAUGUAAAGUGUUAAGCAAGAAUUUAAAAAAACAUUCUGCCCUGCUAUAUUCUUUUUAUUAUUCAAUAUUUUUAACAAACGCAUUUAUACUUCUGUACCAAGAAAAGCGCCACAUACCUUAUCAAUGUUAAAUUUAAAAAAAAAUUCUGGUUUCCCAUUUUUUAAACUAUUAUUUUAAACAAGUUUU